CUCGCCUCGGCUCCCCACAACCCAAACGGGAUGCGACCCUCGCGUCGCGAGCGACGACUCCGCGGCGCUGCGUCCCGAGCGCACUCAUGGCGAGAGGGAAUUACAAACACGAACUUUGGUGCGGGGCUCUUCGGCUCCUGGCGGUGUUCGUCUGCGGCGCAGCAGGAGCGCACCAGGGGCUGCGCUUCACGCUGGAGCCCCCUCGCAGCGUCGUGCUGCCACCGCGCGGCGCGCUCACGCUGAACUGCGCGGCGCGGGACGGCAACGGCGGCGCCGCCGCGACGUCCCCGGAGCUGAGCUGGAGGAAGGACGGCCGAGCGCUGGGCGAGGACGGGGGAGCGGCACGGGCGGCGCCCAACGGCACGCUGCACGUGGCGCGUGCCGGGCGCGAGCACGAGGGCGACUACGCCUGCGUGGCGCGCGGGGCCCGCGGCGCCGUCGUCGUGGGGGCGGCAACGCGCGUGCGCGUCGCAGGCCUGUCGGAGGUGGAGGUGGAGGCGGUGAGCGAGGAGGUGCGGGUGGGCGAGGUGGCUCGGCUGGAGUGUCGCGUGAGCGGCCGCCCCGAGCCGCUCAUCGCGUGGGAGCGAGAUGGCACGGCGCUCCCAGCUGACAGCCCACGGCACACGCUGCUGCCCAGCGGAGUGCUCCAGAUCAGCGCCAUGCGCAGCGAGGAUGCUGGGAAAUACCGUUGCCAGGCGACCAACAUGGCGGCCACGCGGUACAGCCGGGAGGUCGAGGUCUCCGUGCUGCCACAAGCUCUGCCGCUCGAGGGAUACGAGAAGCCGAACAUCACGCAGCGGCCGCGCAACGUGACGGUGGAGGCGGGCGGCACGGCGGUGCUGGAGUGCGUCGCUCAGGGACGCCCCCGCCCCAUCGUCUCCUGGAGUCGCCUCGACCAGCAGCCCCUGGACGUGUACCACUCGCAGGUGCUGGGCUCCGGCAACCUCCUCCUGGCCGACGUGCAGCCGCACCACGCCGGCGUGUACGUGUGCCGCGCCUCCGUGCCGGGCACCCGCAACUUCACCACGGCCACGGGGCAGCUCACCGUGCUCGCGGCGCCGUGGUUCGUGGAGCAGCCCGAGAGCGUGAGCCGGCCGCGUGCCGGCACGGCGCGCUUCAUGUGCCACGCCGAGGGGGUGCCGCCCCCCGCUGUGGCCUGGCUCAAGAACGGCGAGCCGAUCCACUCCAACGGACGGGUCAAGGUGCUGGACAACAGGCUGGUGAUCACGCAGCUGAUAGCGGAGGACGAGGCCUACUACCAGUGCGUGGCGGAGAACGCGCUGGGCAGCGGCACGGCGGCCGCCUGGCUGGGCGUCGUCGUGUCGGAGGAGCGGCCCGGGGCCCCCCGCGCCGUCACCGCCCACACCGUGUCCAGCACGGCCAUCCUGCUCACGUGGGAGCGGCCUCUGCACAACGCGCACCGCGUCAUCGCCUACUCCGUGCACUACAUGAAGGCUGAGGGCAUGAACAACGAGGAGUACCAGAUCGUGAUCGGGAACGACACGUCGCGCUACCUCGUGGACGACCUCGACCCGGCCACCAACUACACCUUCUACCUCGUCGCCUACAUGCCCGUGGGCGCCAGCCGCAUGUCGGAGCACGUGAUGGGUACCACGCUGGAGGACGUGCCGCUGCGCGCCCCGGAGCUGAGCCUGAGCAGCCUGAGCCCCCGCGAGGUGCGCGUCUCCUGGGGGGCCAUCCCCCCGCGCUACCGCCGUGGCCGCCUCACCGCCUACCGCCUGUGGUACCGGCGCGGGCCGGACGGGGCGCCGCACGCGCUCGACGUGCCGGGCGAGCGGGGCGACUGGCUGCUGCGAGGCCUCGCGCCCGACAGCACCUACCUGCUGCGCGUGGCGGCGGCGACGCGCGCCGGCUGGGGGGAGCCGUCCGUGUGGCUGUCGCACCGCACGCCAAAGCUCACCGCCCGCGACGUCCCCGUGUCGCCGGCGCUGCACCUGGAGGCGCUCAACUGCACGGCGGUGCGCGUCACCUGGAAGGCGGCGUCGGGGCGCGGCGCGGUGCGGGGUCACCGGCUGCUGUACCGCGAGCAGGAGGGCCACCUCCAGGUGGGGCCCAUCCUGCUGCCCGCCCGCGACCAGGCCUACAUCAUCAGCGACCUCGAGCCCAGGAAGAAGUACCAGGUGCGGCUGUCCGCCUACAGCGACGAGGGCGAGGGAUACGAGGCGGACCAGACCAUCAGCACGGCCGACUGCGCGGCCGUGCGUGGGAAGUCGGCGCCGCCGCCACCGCCGCCGCACCGCCUGCACGCGCGCACCAACGGCUCGCGAGCCGUCGCCCUGCACUGGCUCGCGCCCGUCUUCAGCCACGGCGGCGGCAGCCUCAACUACACGCUGCGCUGCAACCCCGUGGGCCUCAAGAACGCGUCGCUCGUGCGCUACGUCACGGAGGAGCGGCUGCUGGUGGAGGGGCUGCAGCCGGACACGCGCUACGAGUUCGCCGUGCGCCUGCACCUGGGCUCGCUGCUCAGCCCCUGGAGCCCCGUGGUGUACCACUCCACCCUGCCCGAGCGCCCCUCGGGCUGCCCGGGAGAGGUGCGCGUGGCGGCCGUGAGCCCCCGCUCGGCGCUCGUGGCCUGGCAGCCCCCGGACGAGUCCAACGGCACGGUGACGCGCUACACCGUGCUCUACGGCACGCCGCAGGAGUGGGCCGCCGGCGCGUGGCGCUCGCUGCACACCCACGGCUCGGAGCGUGUGGCGCGCGUGGACGGCCUGCAGCCCAGCGAGGUGUACGUGUUCCGUGUGGAGGCCGUCACGGCCAGCGGCCCGGGCCCCGGCUCCCCGCCCGUCCGCGUCCACAUCCCGCGCGCUCAGCCCGGCGGGGCCGCCCGGAAACCCGGCGGCGCCAGAACCUCACACGCGCACGGGGGAGGCUCGGCACCGGCGGAAGGGGCGGACGAGUCGGCGGGGGGCGACGUGCCGGGCGACGGCUCCGCCACGGCCAUCACCAUCGGCGUGUGCAUCGCGCUCGCCUGCAUCGUGCUCUGCCUCAUCGUGCUGCUCGCCCGCACCAAGGCCAGGGGCUCGUACAACAAGGCUGAGCGCGCUCUCUUCCCGGGGCAGCAGCAGCAGCAGCAGCAGGGGGCAGGAGCAGGGGGCAGCCCUGGCACGGCCGCUCACCUCGCCUCGUCCUCCGCUGCCCACGGCGGGCGCCUCCACUCCAAGGGCGACGCACGUCUGGCUGUGGACGGCCUGGGCUCCAGGGCGGCCUGGCGAGGAGCAGGCCGAGGCCUGUUCGGGCUGGGCCAGAGCAGCGCCAAGACAAACGACUUCCCGAUGUGCCAGCGGCCGCUGUUCUGCACGGAGGCCGAGGGGGAGGCACGCGAAGGCGUCUCGUCGCUGGACCCGGAGCGGUCGCGCGAGUCGUCGGCCCUCGCGUGCGCCGAGAGCAGCAGCACGAGCGGCUGCAGCUCGAGCCACGAGCCGUCGCCCAUGGACGGCGCGCGUGCCCCGGCUCCCGGCUACUCGGGCCGCUUCUCGCAGGCCACGCUGGAGGACGUGGUGUUGCACCUGUGCUCCGAGGCGUCGCACGACUCUGCCGGCGUGUCGGACGACGAGGACGACGCAGGCCGCUCGCUGGGCGGCGCGUCGCUCCGGAGUCUGGCCGCGACGGGCGGCGCCGGUCGUCUGCCCCAGCGAUCGCCCCGGCUUCUGUCUCGGGGCCGCCCGGCCAUGUCCGCGUCGCUGCCCGAAAUCAGCGGCGGCAGCGGCGCCUCGACUGCCCCAAAGUGGAUGGGUUCCUGCUCCGUGGGGCCCGCCGCUCACAUCUGACGUAGCGUCCGGAGCGGUCGUUCCCAGCCUGCUCCCGCCCCCCGCCGCUGCACGUGCGUGUCGAGCACGGAUUCUGCGCUCUCCGACCAGCGCCGAGUCUGUAGCGCCUGCCGUGACUCCGGAGGGGAUUCCUAAAAGUACAA